CAGGAAUUGCUGUGGGAGGGCAGGUCAGGAAAUCCCGUAAUUCUGAUGAAAACUCCUCCCCCCAGUUGGGCAAAGUCCUUCUGCUGACUUCUCCCAGCCUGGCUGGCAGGUUUAAAACCCAGCGUGCAUACCCAAGAGCAAGCUGCAGCUACCACUGAAGCUCUACAGACUUAGAAAAGGCUUGGAAGCAUGGAAAGCCUCUGUGCAGCAAACAGCACUUUUGCUGUGGACCUGUUAAGAAGGCUGUGUGAGAAGAACAGUGGGCAGAAUGUGUUCUUUUCACCAUUUAGUAUUUCUUCUGCUUUGUCCAUGGUUUUGCUGGGUUCAAGAGGUAGCACAGAAGCCCAGAUUCGUAAGGUGCUUUCUCUGAAGAAUGCCCAGGAUGCUCACAAUGGGUAUCAGUCCCUUCUCUCUGAAAUUAAUGAUCCAAACACCAAAUACAUCCUGAGAACUGCGAACCGCCUCUAUGGAGAAAAGACCUUGGAGUUUCUUCCAUCAUUUAUAGAGUCCACUCAGAAAUCCUACCAUGCAGGCCUGGAACAGAUGGACUUCCUGCAUGCUUGGGAGGAUUCCAGGAAACAAAUCAAUGGCUGGGUGGAGGAAAGGACUGAAGGUAAAAUUCAGAACCUGUUGGCAGAGGGGACUCUUAAUUCCCUGACCAGGCUUGUGUUGGUGAAUGCCAUCUAUUUCAAAGGCAACUGGAAAGAGCAGUUCAACAAACAGAGUACCAGAGAGUGGCCAUUCCACAUUAAUAAGAACGAGACCAAACCUGUGCAGAUGAUGUUCAAGGAGGCAACUUUCAACAUGACUUACGUUGGGGACUUGCAGACCAAAAUCCUGGAGCUGCCCUAUGUGGGAAAUGAGCUGAGCAUGAUCAUCCUGCUCCCUGAUGCAAUCCAGGAUGGCUCCACAGGCUUGGAAAGACUGGAAAGAGAACUUACACUUGAGAAGCUGAUGGGUUGGAUCAGUCCCGAAAUGAUGAGUUCUACAGAGGUGGAGGUGUAUUUACCCAGAUUUAAACUGGAAGAAGGUUAUGAUCUGAAACCUAUUCUAAAAAGCAUAGGAAUGCCUGAUGCAUUUGAGUCAGGGAAGGCAGACUUUUCAGGAAUGUCACUUGUCAUCUCUCCUGGUAAUGAGCUGGUGCUCUCUGAAGUGGUUCACAAAUCCUUUGUGGAAGUCAAUGAAGAAGGCACUGAAGCAGCUGCUGCCACAGCUAUGCUAAUGUGUGCGUUUUCCGGUGCAAUAAUGUCCACUCCAAAAUUCAUUGCUGAUCAUCCCUUCCUCUUCUUCAUCCGGCACAACAAAACUUGCAGCAUUUUGUUCUGUGGCAGAUUUUGCUGUCCCUAA